UUCUUUCCCCCGGUGUUUGGCUUCCGUCGUGAUCUCUGUGCAGAAAUCACCACUUUUCUCCCAGUUCGCCGGUCCGCACUGAGCAGCAGGAAUAUGCUCAUGAAGGAGUACCGGAUCUGUAUGCCUCUGACAGUUGAAGAGUACAGAAUUGGACAGCUGUACAUGAUCAGCAAGCACAGCCAUGAGCAGAGUGACCGAGGGGAGGGUGUGGAAGUGGUGCAGAAUGAGCCCUAUGAAGAUCCCAACCAUGGCAAUGGUCAGCUAACAGAAAAACGUGUCUAUCUCAACAGCAAACUGCCUAGCUGGGCUAGAGCAGUUGUUCCCAAAAUAUUUUACGUUACAGAGAAGGCCUGGAAUUAUUAUCCUUACACAAUCACAGAAUACACAUGUUCGUUUUUGCCUAAAUUCUCCAUUCAUAUAGAGACAAAAUAUGAGGACAACAAAGGAAGCAAUGACAGUAUUUUUGACAAAGAAGCUAAAGACCUGGAGCGAGAAGUCUGCUUUAUUGAUAUUGCCAGCGAUGAGAUCCCCGAGCGCUAUUACAAGGAAUCAGAGGAUCCCAAAUACUUCAAGUCACAGAAAACUGGGAGAGGCCAAUUGAAAGAAGGCUGGAGAGAGACCCAUCAGCCAAUUAUGUGUUCCUACAAACUUGUGACUGUGAAAUUCGAAGUCUGGGGACUUCAAACCAGAGUAGAGCAGUUUGUACACAAGGUGGUCAGAGACAUCCUCCUGAUCGGUCACCGGCAGGCGUUUGCCUGGGUGGAUGAGUGGUAUGAUAUGACUAUGGAUGAUGUUCGAGAAUACGAGAAAAAUAUGCAUGAAAAAACCAACAUUAAAGUUUGCAACCAACAUUCAUCUACUGUGGAUGAAAUAGAGAGCCAUGCCAAAGCAAGAGUAACUUUUAUGUUACUGUCAUUGAUGAGCUACCAACAAGAUGGGAAGCAUUUUCAGAUGUGGAAAAGGGCAGGUUUCAGUACAUGACAAUGGAUGAGGUCCGAGAGUUUGAACGAGCCACUCAGGAAGCUACCAACAAGAAGAUUGGGAUUUUCCCACCGGCAAUAUCUAUCUCUAGCAUUUCCAUGCCUUCCUCAACCCGCAGUGCUCCAUCUAGUGCUCCAUCA